GGCCACUGAUCGCAAUUUACAUCACAGUCCUUCCAGCAGAAGCAAAUGACACCGGAGCAGCCCUCCCUGUAAAAGAUUUAAAGCAAACUUAAAACUCUUUUUUAAAAAUUCUUAUUAGAUGCUACAAUGCUUCCCUUCAGGAGAACUUUUGACAGCGAAAAACACCAGCUGCAGGAGCUCAACAGCAGACUUGCCCAGUAUCUAACGAGAACGAAGCAGCUGGAGCAAGAAAACGCGCAUCUUAUUGCCGAGAUCAAUGAACUCAGACAGGUGAGGGCAGCGGGAUGGCAGCCGAAUUUCAAAGCCGAGUUACACGACCUGAGGAGGAUGGUGGGGCAGCUGUCGUUUGAGAAGUCCCAGGCUGAGAUGGAGAGGGAGAAGCUAUGGCGGGAGCUUCAGUUGAUCCGGUCUCUGUGCAGCGAUCAGACCGAGGUGUGCAGGGACAUCAGCGGAGAGCUGAAGGGCUGCGAGAAGGAGCUCCAGCAAACGCACAAAAUCAACACUGAACUCCAGCAGCGUCUAUUUCAGCUGGAGAACGAGUACAAGCGCUUAGAGGACGUACACAUGCAAGAAGUGAACCACCUCAGGCAUCAGGUGGAGACCAGGGUGGUGCCCAUCCUCUCGCAAACUUAUCGCGGGCCUCCGGCGGUCUCGAUGGAAGAGGUGCAAGAGUAUGCUCGAGGUCUGUCCGAGGGCUGGAUUGAGACCUUUGAAAUGUACCAGCAGAAGGUGGACGAAAUGGAGCGGUCGAUUAAGGAGGACCAAGAGAGGCUGCACGACCUGCAGAGGGAGAAGAUGGUGUAUGUUUCCGAGUUGGACAAAAUGCGCGCGGAGGCGGAAAAACAGGGUCAGAUCCAAAUGCAUCUUGAGGAGCAACUGAUGCAAAUGCAGGACAAAUUCCGCGGGGACUUCAAUGAAUAUCAGAUGAUUAUCGAGCAGCUGGAGCAUGAGAAGAACAUGAUGGCUGAGACCAUAGAAGAAAAGAUCAGAGAUCAUCAGGAGUUGCUCCAAGUCAGGAUGGAUCUGGGCUUGGAGGUGGCUACUUACAGGGCUCUGCUGGAAGGUGAGAAAAUCGGACUGCAAGAAGUUCAUAGGACGGUGAAUCAACCUCUGCGAGAAAGAAUAAUAGAUAUCAAGAUGCCAGCCCAACCCUACACUAGAUCUUCCACCUUAACCACCAGACAACAUACGGAUAUAAAGUACACAGCACCAACUUCAUAUGCGAGAAGAUCCCCAGUGCCUCCCUCUGGGACCAUAAGUCCCUCUAGGGUCAUUCCUAUUUCAGUUGCUCGCCAUCAGAGUCCGGCAUCCAGACGGGAUAUGAUCUCAUUCAGCAAAGCUCAGGCUGCUUCUUCUGCCUCUGCUGCCGCUGCCACCGCCACCACCCCCAAAGAUAAACAAACAGACCAGAGCAAAACUCAAAUCAGUAAAAGUGCGCAGAAAACAACAGCAGAGGAGGAGAAAGUCGUGAAAGUGAAACAGGUCUCUCAAGCUGAUAGUCAAACCCACUCUGCCAAGUCCUCUGUGGCUGAGACCAAAUCCGUAAAAGUUGUGUCACCACCAAUGAUGAGCCUGAGCACAAAAACUGAGACAGAAAGCAAAAAGCAUGUGUUAGAUGAAAAAGCGAAAGGUAGUGUUCAUGACAGUGAGUUCAAAGUUGAAGGUAGAACAGAGUCUUCGAUAGGGCCGGCUGAGAAAAAGAUAUUAGACUCUGUGUCCGUAGAGGAGAUUAUUGAGAAAGUGAUAAGACCAGCAGGUCUAGAAGCGAAAGUCUGCUCAUCAGGAGAUUCAAAGGUCAAAUAUCAUGUGGAGAAAACUGAGGAGGAGGAUGGCACGACUAAAACACAGAUCGUACUGGAGUCCAAAGUGGAGGAAGAGCUGGACAUUUCCGAAGACGCUGCCCUGAAAGAACUGCUGGGCCAAGGUGUCAAAAAAGUGUCACUGGAGGACAUAAAGGAUACAGCAACAGGGACCAUGAUCCAGAAUCUGCUGAGUGGCCUCCAGGGAGGAGAAAACCUACAACAUAGAUCUGUCAAUGUUGAAAUCAUUGAGGAGCCCGUGGAGUCUGUCAGUGAUGAGGAGCUUGAGGUUGAACGCGAGUCCAGAUCAAGUUUUUUGGAGCCCUCAGCUUAUUUCCAAAUUGAGGAGCUAGAAAAUGUCCCUCCUGACACCACAGGCAGCGAUGAUGAAGCGGAUGCCAUGAUAUCCUCCAUAACAGGCGCAGACCGGUCCAAGGGUGGAUCUGUGCAAGUUGAAGAUGUCUCUAGAGAGAGUGAAUCUCCUCAUUUCACCCAUGACCAAGAGUCUCAUGAGUAUUACGUCUCCACGCCAGAUGACAAUCUUUCUGAACCCGAGGAAGGUGGUGGCAUAACCUCAUAUGGCCACUAUGGCGUUGUAGAUGACCUGUCAGAUGAGAAGUAUUAUCAAGAUGAAGGCGUUCCCCAGAAAAGGGUAACUGUAGAGGAAAGUGAUGAAUACAAGUUCACGUCAGAUGACAGCUUGUUUCCAAAAGAGAGUUUUCCGGAGUGCAUCAUUGAAGAAGAGGUAUGUGUCACGCCAGUAGUGCAGGAGUCAGUGCUUGAGUUCCUGAGAGAGGACUCUUUGGAACCUAAAGAGCAGCUGAAGGGAGCUCUUGAGUCGCUGCAAAGCUCAGUGUCAGGUCCACUGAGGGAGGAGCUGGCUUAUCUCACAAAAGUGAGCCGUGAAAGUCCACAGAACAUGGCUGUCGAUGUCAAAAAAGUGCAGCAGUCAAGCGACAACGGAACCAUGACUAUAGUUGCGGAGCUAAAUGUUUCUCAAACACUGGAAGACUCUGGGCUGCUGGCAGAAGGAGAUGAUCUGUCAGAAGAUCAAAUCAUGGCAGCUAUCAGAUCCUCUAACCUAGGGCUUGAGAAAGCCUUCCAGGGUGGGGCCAGAGAAGGGUACACCAUCAGAGUUUCCACAGAAGAUGAUGAUGAUGCGAAAGGUGGCAGCUUUGAAGGCUUCAGCAAGGAAGGAGAAUAUGCAUCUGCAAUCACAGAGAAACAUAUUAAACUGGGGCCGACAGAGAAGUCCUUCACCUUCCAGAUGUCCGGUACGGACAGACAUGCUGAGGCUACUUCGGAGCAAGAGCUGCAGUCUCAGUUCUUGGAGACACCAAUGACAAUAUCUUCAGAGAAAAAAAUUGCAACAGUUUACCUUGAAAGCACUUCGGAUGACUGAGAAAAAAUUAAGUCAGAAAUAAAUUCAUAUUCAAUAAUUGCCAAUACAUUACUGCAUGUUGACGUGCACAUACAGAGGUUAUUCUAGCAAUCUAGAUACAGAUGUAAUGUUGGUUGCAGGCACUGUAACACUGCUAUAAUUUCUGCAGACUAAAAUAUCAAAAUGAUUUUGGUGUGAUCUUAGGCAGUACUUAGGGUGUGCUCUCUAAAACGCGGAGUAACACUGUUAAUUCAAAUUAACAGAUUAGUACAAAGUUUUUGGUAUUUACUGCUGCAAUACUGCUAGUAAAAUACUAAUGGAUGUGUGUGUUGCGCUAGUACGUUCGACCUUUUCGUAACUUUCAGUUUACUUUCAAAUAGAUUUGUUUAUUCUCUUUGGAUUUCUCUAUUUUUGUACUAACCCAUGCUGUACAGCUUGAACAGCCCAUCCCGCAGUUUAAGGCACACCAUAACCCAACCACCUCUAGGCUGCGUUUGCCAUGAUCUUGAGUUUCCUUUGUCAGCAUUUAUUGCAGAACAUUACAGGACACUGAGCUAUGUGGGAAACAUGCGCUGUCUGCAGGGGCUUUAAUUUUUUAGUACCUUCUACAUCUUAGAACACAUGGGUGAAUAAAUAAAACGCACUGAAUAUAGUCAUGCUUGUAGCCUAGGACAUUAUAGUGGAAGUCGGGGAAAAUAUGUCUUUUGAAAUUUGUCUUAAGAAACGUUUUAAAUAAAUGUGGCACAUAUAAGUGGUUUUAAAAUAAAUGACAAAUAUUUGGCAUUUUCAGAUGAUUUCACACACAACCAAUGACUCCUUACACAUUGGAAAUACAUGCAAAUUGUCUAUUAUUUAAUCAAAUCAGAUCACCGAGAAACGUGUGUGAAAAGUGUAACCUAAAAAGGAUGUACCAUUGCUGUUUAUAUUGUUAGCUGUCAGUAGUAAUAGCAAUAGGGUGAUGAAAUGGAAACAAUUAGUAGAAUCUUAAUUAACAAAAAGGGAUGCAGCAAUAGUGGAAAAAAACAGUCACAUCUGGUUUCAAUCUAUGUUAUGUAUGGCACCUUUUGCUUGUUCACAUUUGUUGACUGUCACAGUGUUAGCUUGAAGGAUUCAACUUUGCUGUGACCUAAGAGUGUGUUUAUGACUGCAACUAUUUUUGGCUCAUCAGCUUAGUGGCACUGAGUGUUCACUAGAGUUUGUUGUGUUGCGUACUAGAUGCAGAAGCAGAUUACAGUCUGCGUUUUUGUUUUGGGCAGUUUCUCGUAUAGUUUAUACUGUAUUCUUUACUAAACGAUGUCUUUUUGAAUUGGCUUUUUGGCUUAAAAAAAAUGCUAAGCUAGAAUGCAACGCUUCUAAAGAAAAAGAAGCCUCAAAUUAUUUGCAUUUAAGUGUCUAGAUAUACAGUAGCAGGUUUGGCAAGUUUUUUCAUCUGGGAAUAGCAGUAAUUUCAAAUUAAUACAACAGUGCACUUAAAUGAUCCCUUAAUACUAGUUAGGUUACUGUAUUUGUGUGUACACAUUGUAAUCUGGAUACCAUGUGCCAUUUCAUUGACAAAUUGUACCAGUGUACCAAAAAAGUCUAUUGAUGAAUGUUUGAGUUAGAGUUCAGCAAAUGUAGAACUGACAGAUGGAAAUCAUUGCUUUUAUUGACAUCACAGUUUCUGUUGAACAAAUUUUAUCGUUUUGGUUUACAUUGGUUCCAGCCCUUAAUUAAAAAAAUAAUUAUUAUCUUAACGUCAUUAAAGAAUAUUGUGGCCA